AUGGGUGAAGAUUCUGAUCUAUGGGAUGUCAUAUAUGAUAGACCAUUUGUUCCUACCAAAAACCUUGGCGACCCACCGGUAGCCAUUCCCAAGACAAGGAAAGAAUUCAAUGAUGCAGAUAGAAAGUCCAUAGAGAAGAACUUUCGUGCUACGAAAAUUUUAGUGUGUGGUAUUGGACCUGAUGAAUACAACAGGAUAUCAGCAUAUCAGUCAGCCAAAGAAAUCUGGGAAUCCCUUCAGACAGCUCACGAAGGAACAUCACAAGUCAAGCAAUCCAAAAUCGACGUGCUCACAACUGAAUACGAGCUCUUCAGGAUGCAAGAGAAUGAAUCUGUCCAAGAAAUGCAUACCCGGUUCACCCCCAUCAUUAAUGAGCUUCGCUCCGUUGGUGAAACUAUUCCAAGGAACAAACUGGUUAGAAAGAUCCUAAGCAUGCUACCCAGCUCUUCGGAAAGCAAAGUGAAUGCCAUUACAGAGGCGACAGACUUGCAAGAGCUAACUGUAUAG